AUGAAACUAGGGCUCAUCCGUAUCCCUCCUCAUCGCUUGAAGUCUCCCCGCCGUUUAUCGUUCACCAGGCCGGACCUCCGUUCGUUCCCGGACCUGGUUUCCAACCCGGCCUCGCAGAACGUUGCAGGGCAGCAGCUAGAGGUCAAACUUGCCGCCCAGCAGGGGGACAUUCAGCAGCUGCUGAUGGAGAAUCAACGGCUGGCGGCGACCCACGUGGCGCUCAGGCAGGAGCUGGCGGCGGCGCAGGGGGAGAUCCAACGGCUGAAAAGCGCCGUUGGGGAGAAGGAUCAGGUGGUCAGAGGGCUGAUGGAUACCAAGGCGAAGCUUGAAGCGGACCUGCGAGGCGCUGACACACUGAGGCAGGAGCUGCAAGCGGCAAAACAGGAGCUUCAGGGAACGAGGGGCGAGAUCCAGGCGCUGACGUCACGCAGGCAGGCGGAGGAAGCUGCGCGGAUGGCGCAGCACCAGCAGGCGCAGCAGCAGCAGCAGCAGCAGCAGCAGCAGGGCGCGCAGCUGCAGCAGCAGCAGGCGAAGAUUCAGCAGCAGGCGGCGCAGAUAGGGCAGAUGAACCAGGAUCUGAACCGCAUGCAUGCUGACGUGCAGCUGCUGCCCAAGCUGCGGCAGGAAAUAGACGGCCUCACCCAGGAGCUCGCCCUCGCCAGGCAAGCGGUGGAGUACGAAAAGAAGGCCAACAUGGACCUGGUGGAGCAGCGCGCAGCCAUGGAGAAGAAUUUAAUUGCCUCUGCUCGGGACGUGGAGCGACUCAAGGCACAAAUCGCCAACCUGCCGCCCCCUGUGAUGAGCCAAGGAAGCGGCUAUUCUGGGAUGCCCUACCAGGGGGUUAGUGGAGGGUACAUGGACUACGGGUCUCAGCUGAACCAGUUUUCAAGCUACAGCAGCCCUAUGGCACCUCCCAAUUCCAAUGCUUUGGCGGGAGCAGGAGCAGCAGCAGGAGGCGGGAUGGGAAUGCCUGGGGCAAUGGGCGGUGGGAUGGGCGGCGGGAUGGGCGGCGGAAUGGGUGGCGGCAUGGGCGGCGGCACGACCACUCCGUACGGAAUUCGCCCACCGGUGCCGCCCGCCCCGUACGGCUCGUCGUCCCCAAUGUCCCCUGGAGGCCAAGCAUGCGGCGCGUGCAUACGAGUGCGCUGCGUCAACAGCCCGCAAUGCAUCCCGGGAGCGGUCUCACCCACCGUUAAAAUCACGAACCUCUGUCCCGCGGCGUCGUACGGCGGUUGGUGCGACGGCGGGAAGCUGAGUGUGACUCUAUCGAGCGACGUGUGGGCGCAAAUCGCGCGGAAUCCGUCCGUUGGAGUGGUGCCGGUGGAGGUGUCGCGCGUGCGGUGUCCGAGCGGCGGUGGUGUGAUGUUCAAUGUUACAGGCGACGGUUUCUACAUCUCAGUUCUUCCGCUCAACGUUGGCGGAUCGGGGGACAUCAAGCGGAUGGAUCUGUCGGUCGGCGGAGGGCCGUGGUUCAUGAUGAAGCGAAGCUUCGGCACCGUCUUUGAACUUGUCGGCCAGCCGUUAACCGGCAAAGCGCUGUCGUUUCGCAUCUGGCCCCGGGCGGAACCGAGACCCGUUAUAGUGCGAAACGCGAUUCCCCCGUAUUGGACGGCGAGUAGCGUCUACAGGACUAACAUCAAGUUGUAA